AUGAGCUGGUCCGGUCUCCUCUCGCUCCUCGUCCCCUGCCUCCUCUCCUUCGUCCUCCUCCGCUUCUCCGCCUUCAAGAUCCUCCAGGUGGCGGACAUGCACUUCGGCAACGGCGCCGCCACGCGCUGCCGGGACGUGGCGCCGGAGGUCGGCGGCGCGCGCUGCUCCGACCGCAACACCACGCGCUUCCUGCGCCGGCUCAUCGAAGCGGAGAGGCCCGACCUCAUAGCCUUCACCGGGGAUAACAUAUUUGGGGGCAGUGCAACUGAUGCAGCGGAAUCACUACUCAGAGCAAUUAGCCCUGCUAUUGAGUACAAGGUACCAUGGGCUGCCAUAUUAGGAAAUCACGACCAGGAAUCCACAAUGACGCGAGAGGAACUGAUGAUGUUCUUGUCUUUGAUGGAUUACUCAGUAUCUCAAGUAAACCCUCCUGGUUUUCUGGUACAUGGGUUUGGCAAUUAUCAUGUUGGCAUACAUGGGCCAUUUGGAUCGGGGUUGGUCAAUACUAGUCUGCUUAACCUUUACUUCCUCGAUAGUGGGGAUCGUGAAGUAGUAGAUGGAAUUAAAACUUAUGGAUGGAUAAAAGAAUCUCAGCUUGCUUGGCUCAGUGCUACUUCAAAAAAACUCCAGCAAAAUUUGCCUGCCCCUGCAUUAGCAUUCUUCCACAUCCCAAAUCCAGAAGUCCGAGGGCUGUGGUACACAGAUUUUAAGGGUGAGUAUCAGGAAGCAGUGGCUUGCUCAUUAGUUAACUCUGGUGUCCUUGACACCCUCGUCUCCAUGGGAGAUGUGAAAGGUGUCUUUCUUGGUCAUGAUCAUCUUAAUGAUUUCUGUGGCAACCUUAACGGCAUAUGGUUCUGUUAUGGCGGUGGCUUUGGUUACCAUGCCUAUGGAAGGCCUCAUUGGCCGAGGAGAGCUCGGGUAAUUUAUACUCAGCUCAAGAAAGGGCAGAGAUCAUGGACGGAAGUCGAGUCGAUACAGACUUGGAAGUUGCUUGAUGAUGAAAACCUUUCCAAGAUCGACGAGCAGGUUCUCUGGAGAGACAGUGACGAUGACUCUUACCAGAGUGUACACUUGUAA